AUGAGCUCUGCGGAUGGCAGUCGGACGGAGGGUGUAGAAAUGGCUGCUGCGCGAACGCUCUUCACAUCAGCGGCCGUCGAGGGCGCCACUGCCCGGCUCGGCCGUCUGGCCCUGCCGGGUCGUGCCGCCUUUGACACGCCCAACUACACGUCCGUCGCAAGCCGCGGCGCCGUGCCGCACCUGACCCCGGAUAACAUGACGAGACACAUGUCGCCGGGCUCUACAUAUAUGGCCCUGGAAGAUUUUAUUGAGAAAAAGCAGCCUCCAAUCUACAGGAUACCCGUGAGUCGGGAAAAUAGACUGCACAGCUUCACUGGUCUGCCAUUGUGCAAUACCACAAUCCUGGCAGCCAGGCGCAGCCAGGCCGUUACCACACCCAUGGGAAACACGGCCAAAUCGGUCACGCUCUUCACCUCGACAGGAUUCCGGAGCCUCACCAUCCCAGAGUACGUUGAGGCCACUGCCCUGCUGAGACCCGACAUUGUCGUGCCCUUGGCCGAUUUGUUUCACAUCAGCACCACGCCGCCAUCCAAGAAACUGGUCCGCAUGGUGGACAGGACAGAGGAAUGGGUCGACCAGUUUCUCGAGGCGACAGCACCAGAGCCAAGCGCGGCGCGGCAGAGUGCCGUGUUCGCGCCAGUAUUGGCUGUAGAAUACCCGCUGCAAUGGGCCUACCUUCAACAUCUCGCAGAGGACGUCCUCGAGUCUCUGUCCGGUCUUGCUCUAUACGACACACAGCUCCUGACUGAUAUCAUACCAAACUAUGCACCGCUUCGCAAACUACCACGCCUAUCCUUGGACCCCCCCGAGACGCCCCACGAAGUGCUGAAGCAGAUCGCCCUCGGCGUCGACGUCUGUGUCCUACCCUUCAUCAACACCGUCUCCGACGCGGGCGUCGCCCUCACCUUCACCUUUCCUGCAACUUCCUGCUCCUCUGCCUCUGCGCCGCAGCCACUCGGCACUAACAUGUGGUCUGAGGAGCACGCGACAGCCCUGCAGCCGCUGCGCGCGGGUUGCAAAUGCUACGUGUGCACUACGCACCACCGCGCCUACCUGCGGCAUCUGCUCAACGCAAAGGAGAUGUUGGGCUGGAGCCUGCUGCAAAUACACAACCACCGCGUCAUGGACGACUUCUUCGAAGGUGUUCGCGCGGCGCUGCGGGACGGCACUUUUGGUGUCGCGGCGGAGCGGUUUGCGCAGGUGUAUGUGGCGGCCUUCCCCGACGGGACGGGGGAGAGGCCGCGGGCACGGGGACACCAUUUUAAGAGCGAGUACGGCCAGAAACAGAUCAACAAGACAACGUGGGUCGAUGUCGAGGCGACGCUGGCGGUGCAGGCCGAGACAGAAGCAUAA